ACGUUUCUUCAUAUGAUGUUUUGUUAUCUAUAAAUAAGGCUAUAAAUCCAUAAAAUAAAUGUCGAUUCAAGAAAUAAAAAGAGAUAUGGGUAACAUCGCCAAAAACUGGAAAAAGCUAAGCGGAGAGACCUACUGGAAAGACGCGUUAGACCCUCCAUCACCGGAUCUCCGUACAUACAUUAACCACUACGGCGAAAUGGCUGAAGCCACUUAUGAUGCUUACAUCCAGGUAACCCCCUCAAAGAACGCUGGAAAUGUCAAAUACGCUCGAAAGAAUCUACUCGAGAAAGUAGGUCUUCUUAAAGGCCAGCCAUUGAACCAGUACAAAGUCACUAAAUACAUGUACGCCACGUCAGCUGUCAUACUUCCUGGCGCAUUUGUAACGUCUUCUGAUCCGCACGCUUGGAGCAGGAAGUCGAACUGGAUAGGGUUUACCGCAGUGGCGACAGACGAAGGGAAAAAGGCGUUAGGGAGGAGAGACAUUCUUGUUGCAUGGAGAGGAACAGUUAACCCCUCCGAUAUGAUUCAUGAUUCUGAGUUCAAAUUGGUUUCGGCUCCAAUAAUAUUUGGGGAAAACCACAAGGAUGACCCAAAAGUACAUGAAGGAUGGUACUCAAUCUACACUACUAAUGAUUUGAAUACACGUUACAAUAAAACUAGUGCUCGAGACCAGGCAAUGGAAGAGGUGAAGAAAUUAGUGAAAGAAUACGAGCAUGAGGAUAUUAGCUUGACACUAACUGGGCACAGUAUGGGCGCGGCAGUUGCAGCAUUAAUGGCUCUUGACAUAGUCAUUCACGGAUUCAACAAACUAGCGACCGCCCCUCCCAAGGUGUGCCCAGUGACAGUGUUCGCGUUUGCAACCCCCAAAGUGGGAGACUCCAGCUUCAAAAAAGUUUUUGACUCAAUGAAACAACUUUAUUGCCUACGAAUUAACAAUAGUCCAGAUGUCGUCCCAAAAUAUCCUCUACUCGGAUACUCAGAUGUUGGGACCGAGUUGGUGAUCGACACUUUAAAGUCUCCAUACUUGAAGGGUCCUGGGAAUCCAGGAAUUUGGCACAACAUGGAGGGUUAUCUGCAUGGAGUUGCAGGGGUCCAAACCAGUCUUUUUAGACGGUUUAACCUUGAAAUUAAUCGAGAUAUCUCGCUUGUAAACAAGUUUGGUGAUAUUUUGGAGGAUAAAUAUGGUAUUCCGGGUUUUUGGUUUACUGAGAGGAACAAUGGAAUGGUUCAAAAAGAAGAUGGAUCAUGGGAGUUGAAAGAUCAUGAAGAAGACACUGAUCCGUGAGAUUAUUAUUAUCUAUCUAUCUAUAUGUACGUUCAAGUUUGAAUUCGUAUUUUGUUUUCGUUGCUGAUAUGCGACUACCUGUGUUGAUUGAGUGUGCACGUAAUUGUGAUAUCAUUCGAAGUUCAACUUCGAUACGAUUAUAUUAAUAAUAAGCACAUAUUAUAUC